AUUAUUCAUUCCUUUCACAGUGAGAAAUUGAAAUUGAAUUAGGUAUUUUCCAUGGACUACGUUGAUCGGUUGUUCCAGUGCUUCAAGUGCGGCAUUUCUCCUCCUCAUUCUGCUGCAGUAGAAAGAAAGAGAAGUAAAAGAAAAUUGAGACAUGGGGUUUCUAAUUCUACACACCCAGCUAUUCUUUCUCCAGAAUCACAAUCUCAAAAACCCAAGAAACGACCCAAAAUACAGUCUUCCAUUGACAACUGUGGUUCGAUGACAGGCAAGGGGAAGCAGAUUUCACCUGUCGUAUUCUAUGGCUCACCACAUGGUGUACCUCCAAAACGACCAACACGGUGGUUAUUGCGACUGUUGAAUGAAAUUCGUGUGGAUCUUUUUGAACACAGUAAAUCGAGCUCAAGUAGAGAAAUAUGGUCUACAUUUCCGAGGCAGGAGGAAGCAAUGAAGUUUGCCAAGGCCCAUGACCAUGCUCGUGUUUUCAGUUACCAAGAUCAUUUUAAUGGGCAAAGAAGGUUCCUUGUUUCAACUUACAAGGAGUUCUGGAAAAGAUACAAAAAUAUGGAUUCGAGGUUUCGUCACCAUUAUGAAGUGAUUCAGGAGGGUCUACCAUGCCACCUUUACUUUGACUUGGAGUUCAGUAGGAAAGAAAAUGAAGAAAAAGACGGAGAUGAAAUGGUUGAUCUUCUGAUAUCUGUAAUCUGGGAAGCCUUACGUGAUAAAUUCUCAAUUGAAGGAAGUAAAGAAUGGAUAGUAGAGCUUGAUUCUUCUACUGAGGGUAAGUUCUCUCGGCAUUUAAUCAUUCGCAUACCAAAGACUGCUUUUAAAGACAACUCACAUGCCGGUGCAUUUGUUAAUGAGAUAUGCUCACGGAUAUUUAGUGGAAAGGAAAAGGAUGGACGACUCGAAAAAUUGUUUAUCAAGAAAGAGUCAAAUUCUGCUGACUCUCCUAGCCAACUGUUUGUGGACACUGCAGUCUAUUCCAGAAAUCGUUGCUUUCGUCUAGCUCUAUCAUCAAAGGCUGGGAAGAACUCUGUGCUUUUACCUACAGAACAUUGUACAGCUAAGAAUAUGAGUGAAGAGGAUAUGUUCAUGGCAUCCUUGAUCUGCAAUAUGGAUGUUGAUUGUGAGAAGUUUUUGGUCUGCAAAAUGGAUCAUCUCUGUAUGAAAACCCUUCAAUUUAAUACGGAGGUAAAUCAUAGUAUGGAACAACGUUACAGUUGCCCUCAAGAACACACACUGAAUGGUUGUGGAAUUAAUGCUUCAGCAACAUUCUUAAUGGGAAAAUCUCCGCUCCCUGCUUUGGAUGCAUUUAUAGAAUCUAUUGCCACUACUGGAAACUUAUCAGGCAAAAUUCGUUCUUGGUACUUGUUUUCAGAGUUCGCGCUGAUGGUCUACAGCAUGUCAAGAAACAGAUACUGUGAGCGAAUUGGUAGAGAGCAUAAAAGUAAUCAUGUGAUGUACGUUGUCGACCUGAGACGAGGUGAUUAUUAUCAGAAAUGUCAUGAUCCUGAUUGCAGAGGUUAUCGUUCUCCCUUGCGUCCGGUUCCAUUGGAUAUUAUACCUGAUACUUUGGAUCAUGGGGGUUCUGAAGUUUACGAACUGGGAUGGCAGAAUGAUAAAACCAUGGCCCCCAAUUCCACCCCAGAUUCAUGGUGGCUUGAAGCCAUGAGACUUGCAGAUAAUGUUGAAAAAAGGAAAGUUUUGACAACUGGUGGAAUUCUGUGGAAAGCACCGAACUUUCUCACUUAAUAGUUUAAAUCUUUACUCCAGCUUUGGCUCGAGGAUACUUACUCAGUCAGUGCCUAGAAAGAACAUAGAUGCUUAAGAAAAAAAGUACAGUUCUAGUUCAGCAUUCUCUUUUCUUGGAACGCAGAGUAAAGUACAGCUGCUGAAAUUGGGGAAUUCGUAUCUUCUCAUGUAAAGCAGCAACUCGUGCUAUUUUAUGCCAGGGCAUUGUGGUCAACUGUAAAAGGGCAUAACAGAAGAGGGUGAGGCCUCCGAUUGAGACUGCCAACAAGGUUCUUUGUAUUGACAUUACAGGAAUGUAAAUAUACAAAUAAACGUCCAUAAAAUUUAAUAUAAUCGAUUUUGUUGGUCAUGUUCUGAUGACUGUUGCCAAA